GUUAAAGAGAGUAAUCUUUUUGAGCUUCUUAAGUCGUUUAUCUUCAGGUGCCACAGCAAGGUUUCAGGUAAACUCGGUGAGAAAUGAAGGUUUGUCUAAUGAAAUUAUGCAGACUGCUCUGUUCAGCGUUGAGUCUGCCCUUGCACGUAAUGCAGGUCAUAGGGUACAAACGCCUUUUUCCCUUGCUCGCCUACAAUGUAACAUUUUCAUACAACGACAAAAUGCACAAAGUGAAGAGAGAGCUUUUCCGAAACGUGGCCAAAUUUGCAGACGCCGAUGGCACCCUUCGCCUGCUGGAGAUCGGGUGCGGCAGCGGAGCUAACUUCAAGUUUUACCCCCACGGCUGCACGGUGAUGUGCACUGACCCCAACCCGCACUUCGAGAAGUACCUGCGGAUGAGCAUGGACGCAAACCAGCAUCUGACUUACGACAAGUUUAUAUGCGUCUCCGGGGAGGACAUGCGGGGAGUACCGGACGGCUCUGCGGACGUUGUUGUCUGCACCUUGGUUCUGUGCUCUGUCAACAAUGUGCAGCAGGUCCUGCAGGAGGCCCGGCGCGUUCUCAGAACAGGUGGCGCCUUCUACUUUUUGGAACAUGUUGUCUCAGAUUCUUCAUCCUGGACAUACUUUUUGCAGUACGUGUUUGAGCCUCUCUGGUGCUAUCUCGGGGAUGGAUGCACGAUUACCAGAGCAACAUGGAAAGAUAUAGAGGUAGCUGGUUUUUCUGAGCUUAACCUGAGACACAUUGAGGCUCCAGACGUCAGUUUGAUGAUCAGGCCACACAUCAUGGGAUAUUGUAUUAAAUGACUGCAUGGUGGAUGGUGGAGUAUAUAUUAAAACAUUCAGUUUAUACAGUGACAGACAUCCUGAAGCAACACUUAUAAUGGCCUGUCAACAGUUCAGACAUGAAUUUCAAACUACUAGUUGAGGUCCAAGUUCAGGCUGGAGGUUUAUUUUGAAAGGCAGCCCAUCUGAGUGCACACAAGUUUAAAAUUCUGAAAAAACACCUGAAAUUAUUUUCAUUCAUCCCUGUAAUUGUAACAGAUCUGCUUACAUUUUUAUUGCAAUACAUUAGCCACACUACAUAAAUUGAGUGAAAAUAUAUUUAUUUACACAAUCAGCAACAUUUCAUUUACUGUUUUGUUCUCCUUUCCCUCCCCUCCCAUGAUGUAUAUAAUAAAUAUUACCUGGACACUGUGCUUUUUUUUCCCUGAUUGUCUAAGGAACGGCCACAAAACACCCAAACAAACCACACUUAAUUUUGUUUGUUUCCUUUCUCUCUUACCUUUUAUAUUGCAUUGCACAAACAUAAGGAAUGACAAUUGUAACAUUUCCUUAUAGGGAAAUGAGGGGAAAUGCUGGUUCAUAAAAUAAACAAAAUAUGUCUGUGUAGUAAUUAUAUAGUCAAAUUUCUGCAGAUGCUGUUUAAGAAAAAAAAAAAA